CGCCCACAAUGUUUAGCUAAGACUUCCGCGCGUGCGUGUUGUCAUUUCGCGGCAGUAUGGCGGAUUCCGAGGUUUUGAGCUUUGAGCACAUGGGUCUGGACCCACGGCUCCUGCAGGCCAUCGCAGAGCAGGGCUGGGCUCGGCCCACGCUCAUCCAAGAGAAGGCCAUUCCACUGGCGCUGGAGGGGAAGGACCUGCUGGCACGGGCCCGCACCGGGUCAGGGAAGACCGCGGCUUAUGCCAUUCCCCUGUUGCAGCAUCUGCUUCAUAGGAAAGCGACAGGACCGGUGAUAGAACAGGCUGUUCGUGGCCUUGUUCUUGUACCCACCAAAGAGUUGGCACGGCAGGCACAGACCAUGAUCCGUCAGCUGACAGCAUAUUGUGCCCGGGAUGUUCGUGUGGUUGAUGUGUCGGCUUCAGAGGACUUUGCUUUCCAAAGGCCCUUGCUAAUGGAGAAGCCAGAUGUGGUAGUAGGCACACCUUCACGAGUUCUAAGUCAUCUAUUGCAGGGAAACUUGAACUUGCGUGAUUCCUUGGAGCUGCUUGUAAUGGAUGAGGCCGACCUGCUUUUUUCUUUUGGCUUUGAAGAAGAGCUUAAAACCCUUCUUUGUCAUCUGCCUCGGAUAUACCAGGCCUUUCUCAUGUCAGCUACUUUUAAUGAAGAUGUUCAGGCCCUCAAGGAGCUUGUAUUGCAUAAUCCGGUAACUCUGAAGUUGCAGGAAUCCCAGCUUCCAGGGCCAGAUCAGCUGCAGCAGUUCCAAGUGGUCUGUGAGACUGAAGAAGAUAAAUUCCUGUUACUCUAUGCCCUGUUAAAGCUAUCUUUGUUGAGGGGCAAGUCCCUACUCUUCGUUAACACCUUAGAACGCAGUUACCGCCUUCGACUUUUCCUGGAGCAGUUCAGCAUUCCUGCCUGUGUGCUCAAUGGAGAGCUGCCUCUGCGUUCCAGGUGCCACAUCAUCUCACAGUUCAACCAAGGCUUCUACGAUUGUGUCAUUGCAACUGAUGAGGAAGUGCUGGGGGCUCCUGUUAAGGGCAAGCGUCAGGGCCAAGGAUCCAAAGGAGAGAGGUCUGCUGAUACGGAAUCAGGUGUGGCACGUGGCAUUGACUUCCACAACGUUACGGCUGUGCUCAAUUUUGAUCUCCCACCUUCCCCUGAGGCCUACAUUCAUCGAGCUGGCAGGACUGCACGAGCCAACAACCCAGGAACAGCCCUGACCUUUGUCCUGCCCACAGAACGCCCCCAGCUAAAAGAAAUUGAAGAGGCCCUCGGGGGAGAGAGUGCAGAGUCCAUGUUUCUUCCCUACCAAUUUCGAAUGGAGGAGAUUGAGGGUUUCCGAUACCGCUGCCGGGAUGCCAUGCGUUCUGUGACAAAACAAGCCAUUCGGGAAGCAAGACUGAAGGAAAUUAAAGAGGAACUUCUGCACUCAGAGAAGCUCAAGACUUACUUUGAGGAUAACCCUAGGGACUUACAGCUCUUGCGACAUGACCGGCCCCUGCACCCUGCAGUGGUGAAGCCUCAUCUUGGUCAUGUUCCUGACUAUUUGGUCCCUCCUACACUUCGUGGCAUUGCCCGCCCUCACAGCAGACGGAAGCGGAACAGACCCUUCACCUCUCAUAGGAAAUUGAAGGCUCCAAAAACACAGAACCCCCUUCGAAGCUUCAAGUACACCAGGAAGAAGCCAAAGACCCCUGCUGCUUCAGCCAAGUGCUCCUGAGGUAGUCUGCCCAGUGCUGGGCCUGAGUGCUACACAUUGCUUCCAUCCCUUGGGAGCUGCCUGAUCCUGUGCUGUGAAGUGACUGUUGGACGCAAUGUGUGAUCUGCUACAGAGACUAUACUCCCAAGGGCCCCAUAGAGAAGGCUGCCAGCCUCAGCUCUUAGUGCCUUGGAAGAUUCUGCCUCCUGGCUGCAGCCAGUUCUACCCCUCUUCUGCCAGCAGAGGUCGCCAUGCAUAGGUUUAUAGAGCGGCAAGGAACCUCCCCCCUCCCCCCCAGCUUCACCGAACUAUGGGACUCUGUAAAUGAGUGGAAUGAAAUACACCCUGAUUCUUCAUAUUUAAUGCUGCAUUGACUCCUGCUUGUACCUAAGUAUCUCUGCUCUCCAAGACUGACAACACAUUUUGCUCCUCCCCCAACCCUCAGACUCACUGCCCAAGACCACAUGCCCUAGUCUCAGGUGUGGUGGAGCUGUGUCUUCUGGGUGUACACACAUUUCUUGUCCAUUUUCAGGCCUGAAUUUUACUCUACCUGAUUAGGAAGCUGAUUCCCAAGAACAGCAUUUAUUUCUUAUCAUUCAAGAAUGCUACUCUCUGUCUUUUGCUACCCAUGGUGAAGUUUCCAUUGCCAUUGAAAAUGUGGCAGCCCUAUUGUCCUUAUUUGAGUUUUCUUUAUGAGGGGGGAAAAGUUAGUCUUUAUGAAAAACUAGAUUUGGAGUCAGAAUCCCAGCUCUGCCAUUUUAUGAAAGUAUGGUCUUGGGCAAGAAAUUUAACUUUUCUGACUUCAGAUUCUUUCUCUCUAAAACAAUAAGGUUGGAGUAGAUGGUCUCCAAGGUCUGGUCUCUCAAAUCUCUAAAAAUAUCUGAGAACGGAGUGUUUUCUUGGUAAAAGGUCCCCUGCUUGUGCCUCCCCUUAGCAGUAAACCCCCGAGCUCCCUUUAUCCAACAAUCUUAAGAGUAGAUGUCAGUUAUGGGGGAAAGCUUCCUUUGGAGAUAAAAAGGGUUAUUCUGUGAAUAGGUGCUAUCCCAGUGAUGACUCAGCAGAGCCACCACAGCCACCUAUUCAUUAUAGAACUAUUUUUUCCUAGACUUACCAGGUAUUACAAGGCCCGGUAGGAGCUAUUAAGUUAACUUUUAGGAAGACAGGAACAUGAGGAAAAUGCAUGGAUUAGUGGGGACAGUGACCUAGAAGAUAAAGAUCUAGAUACAGUCAGGAAUGAUCAAACUGAUAGAGAUCAUCUCAAAGCCUUUGGUCAAAAUGCCCUGCUUCAAGCUACAUUUCCUAUUAACUUUAUUAUUAGCAAGGAAAUAGAAAAAGAUGCCCUGGGGCCUUAGUGAAGAUUGAAUAGGACUGAUGCAUAUCCUAAAGAAAGAAUAGAAAGGGCAGCUGGGGACAGCAAUAUUUAUCUAGACUUUGGAAAAGUACAAUUGUGAGGUAGGAGAGGUAAAAGACUUGACCCUUCACAGUGAGUUGACACCAUUUAGUCACACUUAAUUAAAUAAAUAGUUAUUAAGCAUCUGCAUUAGCUCUUUGUGAACCUCUGAGGUACACAGGCUGUGGAUUUUAAUAAGACAUUUUCACAGGCACUGUUCUAGGUGAUAGAAGUACAAAGAGGGAAAUGAGACCUUGCCCUCAAAGAAUUUAGCUUCUAUUGCAGUGCUCAAGCAUCCUCCCACAUAAGUGUAUGCAAAGUAAUUUCCUGGGAGAGGAAGCCAUGACCACAAAAAAAGGGUUCAGAUUUUGGGAACAGGAUUCUGUUCACUCUCAGAUCUGGAUUUUGGGAAGAGAAAUUCAAUCAUUUAGUAAAAAGGAGAUGGGUGAGUUUUAGUGGUACUGAAGGAAUAGGGGAGGAUGAUCACUUGUCUAGUAGGUGUCACCUGACUGUGCUUUGGACAGAUCUAAGGAUUCCAAGAGAGCAACAUGGCAGCUUGUACAAAGGCAAGAAGACAGAAUGUUGGGUAAAAGGAGGAAUAUGUUGCUACCAGACUUCUGGGAGGUGGUAAGAAUGGAGUGGGAGCUACUGCUGCAAACAAAGAAGGCUAUUCUUUGACCUGAGAGCUCCCUGUUAGGCCUCUGCCAGGUCAACAUUGAAGACAAAAAUGUUAUGUUGGGGCAGCUAAGUGGCACAGUAGUUAGAGCACCAGCCCUGAAAUCAGAAGGACCUGAGUUCAAAUGUGA